CUAUCCCGUGAUGCAGGUGGUGCAGUACCACGUGCCGCACGUGGGGCACGUGCCCAUACAACCAUUACCCUACACGCUGCAACCCGCAAGUCCCAACAGUGGACGAAUACGCAAGUAUGUCUUCUGGUGUUGUGCCUGUGGUGGCUUGGCCACCAUCCUCGGCGCGCUUUUCCUUGCUGUGUACUUCCUGCUGCGAUCAUAUACAUCUACACUGGGCUAUUUCGAAACAAUACCGACUUUUGUUCCGGCCACAAUGUUGAUAUUGACUGGAUUAUGCGUGAUGAGUUUAGCUAGAAGGAAGAAUCGAUAUAGUUAUCUUUUGAAGGUUUGUGGAGUUUGCUGCUUGGUCUGUGCGUUGACAUGUGUACUGGUGACAAUUACAACAACAGUCAUCCAUAUGAAUCGCCUGCAAACCCUGCGUGAAUGCGUUUACACUCAAAAAACACGCACCUGUACCUGUUAUUCGGUGUUAUUGGAAGCCCACCCGCAAACUGAUGAAGGCAUGCGUUUUGUAUUCGAUUCCACGCCGGAUUGUGAAGUCAUCCAUGGCGCCCUCUACACAUGCCUGCGCGCCAUGUUUGGUCUUUCUGUCAGCGGUAUUCUCGUCUGCAUAUUCUCCUGCAUGUUAGUCUAUCAACUAUUGAGCCAUGAACGUAAGAAGAUGUACUGGGAGCAAUUGGAGUUACGUUGCCGGUCAUUCUAUCAACAACAUGGAGCGCCACCUACAAGCGCUCCAAGCUCAAUGCGGGGACCACCCAUGCCCGCACCUACAUACUGCAGCUGUUGUGAUGAAUGCAGAUAUCCACAGAUAGUACCCGCCCCACCACAGAUGUACCCCUGGGAUAACGGCGAACGUUUCUGGACGCCAGGUCGUGUAGGCAACUUCUACUCACCGAAUCCUGGUGAGGAUCUACCCAAUGAAAACCGCAUCGCUAGUGGAUGGAACUGGCGCAGGUUACCAUGGACUCGCAACCCCACCCAGGACUCGCCAAGAGACAAUUCAUUAACUUACCAAGGCAUCGCAUCAAGCGCUGAUAGUCAAUAUGGGUUCACCAAUCGAGAUGAUGGUAAUCCAGUGUCAUCUACCGGCAGUUACAGUGUUUUGGACAGGAAUCCACCGGGGGUUUAUGUUUGGGGACCGCCCCCACCAUAUUCCAACCCUAAUUCUCCCGCACGGAGGGGUUUACAUGCGUCCCCGGCGAGGUACCAUCAUGUACACCAGCAUGCGCAUGCGCAUCACCAUCACGCGCAUGAGAAUCACUGUCAAAUGAAUGAAGA